AUGCAAGAAGCUAUAGGAUACGCGGGAUCUUUAGAAAGUAAUGGUAUAUCUAUGUUUCGGUAUGCUUAUGCAGGAUAUUGCUUUUUCGUAUUUAACCUCACAAAUAGUCAGGAAGAUAAUGGACCAGAGAUGUUUGAUUUGAUAAAAAAUGGUACAACUAGUAUAAGAAUGACAUUUAAUGAGGCGGUUCCAAGUGGUGGAAUUGUACUAGUGGCCAUGGGUGAAAUUGAUUCUCUGCUUAUGUUAGAUAGAAACAGAACAAUUUCCACAGAUAUUUCAGUAUAA